GUAAAGUGAUCGUAGUUGUUUUGUAUUCUAUAAAAAGGGAAAUGGCUGCUCUCACCGAAAGACCCGUAAUCUUCUUGUAUGUCAGGGCAUUGUGAACAAGCGUGCCGCUGCCAGCGUCAAACCAAUGGCAACCUGCCAGUGACAGCAUGACCAGAUGAAGAAGACAAUAGAGGCUGCAGACUCGACAAGAGAUGGCGGGCCGGUCCGAUUUGGGUGCUCAAGCUUGAUCGGGGCACUUGGGACACGUAUGGCUGCGAUGAAUUGUACUCUAACGUCAACGGCGUUAGAGAUGAAUUCUUUACGUCAAGGGUCGAUACAUGUACCGUGUCCUGGUGUGAAUGCACUGACGAAAAGGCAAACUGUCGGUUGCCGCAUCUUGAUGUUGGAUGUUCCCGCAGCUUUCGGACAGGCUUCUAUAUGCAAGUAUAUCGAUGGGACAGUUCUAGUGAGAUCUCUGCAUGUUAUAUAGCUUCACGAUUGCAAGUUAUAUUUUCAACAGCGAAAGCUCCUUCGAUUCCCCAUUCUCGGUGUGUUUUGUCGUCUUGGUCUCGUUGAGCUUACAGCGCGCCGCAAUCUUACGUCCCUUCCAUGCAUCUCGCCAAUCUCAUUGAAGCGUCUAGCGCGUCACACCGUUAAGUGCGAAGCUCUGUUUCUUCUUAUCGGGCAGUAGACAAGAUGCAUUCACCUGACGACAACUCCAGCGUCACCCAUGGAGACCGCAGUUUCCCCCCGCGCUACAGCAGCCCCCGUCUCACUCCGCCAUCGUUGCCUCGCAGACGACCACUUCCUGGAGGCAGUUUCGAUGCCAAUAUCAUGAGUUCUUCGUCCUGGAACGCCAGAAUUCCGCCUUUGAUGACCAAUUCAGCUUAUCCAGCCACCCUGAUGCCGCACAAGACCAAUAGCAAACAAUUACAUAGUGCCACGAGCACCAGUGGCGACGAGAGCAGUGCUGACGACGCUAAAACUUCCUCAAAACGACAGAAAACCGUUAAGAAUGGAUCGGAACUUAAGCAAGUCAAGACACAGCGUAAGGAACGCAUACCCACGCAUAAACUUCGCAAGGAACAGAAGAUGGAGCUAUUGAGUCAGAUCGAGCAGCUACAGAACCAACUGGAGAGUCUCAAGUCGCAAGCUAUUGUGUCGAACGCCUUACACGUUAAGAAACAUACUCAAGCUCCAGUGAUGAAUACUAUUCUUCGAGAAGCAGUGCAAUCGAGACAGUCGACACUAGCGGAUGUACAAGGCUUCAUUUCCGGGUAUAUCCAGCAGCAGCACGAUAUCAGUCCCAUUAAUACGUUUAUUAAGCUCGGCCUGGAUCGGGUACAGCGCCAUCAAGAGCUGGUGGCAAUGAAACGUGUCAAACUGCAGACGACGCACGAGUUUCUACUGCGUCGCAGUCGAGGACUGGCGCCUGGGAGACAGUACUGCGAAGAAGAGCGCUUUGAGACGUCCAGAGGGGAUUACUGCGCCGUGCGGUUCGCUGUAUCACAUUUCAGAGGAGCUGCCAGUGUCCGAGCGGUAUUCGAUGCUGCGUUAUUCCAGAUAUCAAAUGUCGAAAUGAGUAUGUCGGAUGUUCUGGGGAAUAUCACUAUUCGGGAGGACGACGACAAUGGAGAUGACAACGUUACGCAACUGCGGUUAGUAACUUCGACGGCAUCUGCGCCUCAGGCUCCGCCGCUUGAGACCAACUCGCUGCAGUUCAAUGAAUUCCACGAAGCAACAGCGUCAGGCGGUCCCAAUGGCACAGCAACGAGAGAGUUUGGGAUUAUCAUGGCCGACUUUGUGGAUGAGGACGAGCUAUACCCUUAUAAAGCUGACGAGCGUAUGCGCAAGGACGUUACGGCGGCAUUAUUGCUUACGCCACUCCCGAAGGAGGAACAUCGACAUAUCCACCGUGAGGGUGAUGUCCGAACACGAUGCAGUGACGAUGGGGAGCUGGUGGUCAAGGUCACGCUGUGGUCGCUCAUCAAGUUGCACCACUCGGAUCUGGAAGUGUCAUAUGACUGUUUAGAGGAGACCCGGCAUGAAAUUGGCCGCUGGGGAGAAGAGCUCGUUCGGGCCAUGCAGCGGACCCUCGCACUGAGACGCACGCACUAGGAUCUCCUGUACCGUGUAUUCUAGGUAUGCUGUAACAGAGUUUACCUGACCCUGGAAACUACGCAUCCGAUUGUGGAUGCAAGACAUAUGCGCACCUGCGUCUCGUCAACAAGUAUUAACACAACUUGAUAUUCGAGGCCGAAGUGUAAAAGUGGAGUUCCCCUUGAGUGUCUUCAGUUAAAUUUGGAUGUCGAGUUCUGCGUUGGCGUCUACAAUAUAUAACAAGUAGUCGAAAAACGACCGCGCUAAUAGUUGGAAUGAACACGAGGUCGGUAGGAUUGAUACGAGUGUAUACGAAGUGGGCUCAGCUGUCUUUGAAUCACGCAGGGGUAAUAGAGCCAGUGGGUACGAUUAUGGUCGGGCCUUGCCAUGCCUUUGUAGAGCAAUCGACGGGCAAUCAUUGUUGAU